AUGGACCCCGAGUCCUCUGAUAGCGAUGUCUCUGUUGGAGGUGGAGAUGAGUAUAGGUUUGCAAGUCCAUUGACAGCUCCCGUACCAUUGCCACCUCCACCAUCAAAGCAUGCUCUGGAAUCUUCCGACGCUGUUUCCGCUCGUCUGGAUGAAUUACUUCGAGUCGAGGAACAUAACAUCAAAAAGUAUGAUCUCCUCAAAGCAAAACGAAAUCGAAAGGACGAGAAAAUCCGACGAAAACGUGAAAUCCAAGACAAGAAAAUUGCCGCCAUCACCGAGGCACGGCGACGCCGCGACGCUAGAAUCGAGGCUCGUCGUAAACGUGAGGAUGCUGCUUUCACUCAGUUCGAUCAUGAGCUUGAGGAUGAAGAAAGCAACCUUCGCCGUCGACUGAAGCGACUGAAACGUGGGCUACCACCCGAUGAGUCACCUCAACCCGGAGCUGCUCGCAUUGCAUCUGCAUCAAUGUCACCUCCAGGUCAAGGGCUCUCCACGAUACCUCCACCACCCAAGCGACAUCAAGUUGGACCUCCAGGUCAACCAGAUGCAGUCAAUCCAGCACACUCACGCCCGGCCGAACAACGGACCGUGCCACCUGUCACAACCAGCGAACCUCAGUCUUAUUCAUUCUAUCGCAACAUGAACUCUUCAUACAACAGUAGGCCUUAUCACUCAGCGUCCUACUCCACCACGUCUAGUUCCACCACGCCAGCUACAACCGCCAAUGGACCGAAUCACUCUACCCAACCAGCGGCUGAUCGGUCGUCUCUCAAUCCUCUUGGACAUCCUGGUUCCCCUCAUUCCAGACCUCCAUCAAGCUCUCAUUCUCCUGCCACUUCAACUUCCAUUGCAAAUCCUCCUCCACGUGUGAUCUCAUCGAGUUAUGACACCAGACCGCCUCCAGCUACGACCUCAUCUGGUUUUGCUUCCAUCAACGCACCAACAAAUACGGGUUUUGCUUCAAUCAAUCCUCGCACAGCUGCCACACCCCCAACAGCUCAUGCCGGUCCGACCAGACCUUUACAGGAUUUAGAUCACAAGACCCCAAGUCAGCCUAUCGGAAGCAACGGUAUUGAUAGCACGCGAUUCCACUCUUAUACUAAUACACCCUCAACGACCCCGACACUCGCUGCAAAUACCGCAAGCAAGCGGACCCCGUCUACUACUCAUCCAUAUCAGAUGUCGGAAGCGUUUGCCAAUAGGCAUCAUCACUGUGAGCGUGUUGACGCAAUCAAUCGUGGCAUUUGGACUUCAUAUGGCGUUGGAGGCACGCAAGAGCAUCCUGUUGGCCCGGCCACAGAGAUGUAUCUCCGUUGCAACCAUGAUGGCUGUUCUCGAAUUGAUUGGCGCACCGUUCACGGCCUACAAUGCCAUAUCGUAAAGAAUCACGAACAACCCAAAGGAACUAUCGGUAGUCUCGAUAAAGCUUUGGAAAAAUAUGGUGUCCCCGUGAAGGAGGUCGAGGAUUACGAGCGUGAGCAUGGAAGAGGCUCUGCAGGUACGGUAGCCGAUCCAAAGAACCACAAAAUCAAGGUCAAAACAAAGGAAGCUUUGAAUGCUAGCCCAUACGGCCGUACCGGGACUCCAGGCCCAUAUGGAGUUGACCCUCAAGCAAGACCUGCAGGUUAUAGACCAAGUCCAACACCGACGAGCGACAGUCCUACCUUGUCUGAUGAAAUCAAACGCAGCCCUGUGACCGGAUUUACCAAUGGAGCCUCGAAGGACGUCUCAAAGGCUGAUAACUCUAUCCGGGCCAAUCCAUCCGCAAUACCGCCCAAAGUUCCAUCAAAUGCGAGCCCAAUUUCUUCUGCUCCUGUAGCACAAAUGCGAUCUGACUACCGGACAGACUGGAUGGGUCGCCCUCUCCAGAUGCAGACGCCUUCGAGACUCGAUCCAGAACAGAAGAAACUCCAAGGCGACUUUGGUGCAUCGAGCUCAUCAUCUCCUGCCCAAAACAAAGCUCCAAUUCUUGCUCGGCCCGCAGUCUCUGGUGGACCGGUCCAAUCCAAUCACGCUCCUCAAGCUAGUGCACCAACCACUGCAACAGCACCUACAGCAUCCGCUGGACCACAGCCACCAAAAUCGCCCUCCGCAGAAGUGAAGCCUGCAGCACCAUCCGUGCCAGCCCUUAGUGCCGCGACCCCUACAUUGCCCGUAGCUGUAGCCCCAAAUGCCACCGGCGAGGCAACGUCGGUUCAACUAAAGAAUGAGCAAGAUGAUGCAGGUACCACCAAGAACGUUGCUCCUCAGGCACAGGGAUCAGACACAGACAUUCAAAUGACUGGGACAGAGCAACCCGAGGUCGGCAAGCAAUCUUCUCCAGUAGGCACAGCAAAGGAGAACGGAAAUUCUGAGCAGACCCCUAUGAAACAGGCUCCUCAAAGCCCGGAUGACAAUAGCGAAGAUCAAUCAGAGACCAUUGUUGUUGAUGGCGAUACCGGCAAAGCAAUUAAUGACAUUUCUGGAGCCCGGAAAUCCAAUCUUCAGUCGCCAACAAUUACGGCAAAGACCCUUACCGCCACUACUCCUGGUAGUGCAAGACGCCCAAGUCGACGCCUUAGUACGGCCCGAACAUCAGUUGAUACUGACGGAGACUCAUCCUAUACCAAGGAAAAUCGAAGCGCUACAAACACGAAUGGAGAUAUGGAUGACAAAGACGAAAAGGACAGCAAAGAUGAGAGAGAGAAAACCCCUCAACGACGGUUUGCGAGUGGUCGCGUUUUAAGACGUGGUAGAGUUUGA